AUGGCGGACAUCCAGAUAUCGGCGACCUUCACCGACCAGGAAGCGCUGAGCGAGGAGGUCCUGAACGACCUUCUGGGGAAGUACUUCAAGGAGAACGGAGACUCCUCCUCGGCGGCGAAGGCGGACCAGAUAGCCCACUACAUCAUGGAGAAGCGCGGGGUGACGACGAAGCCCUCCAUCCGACGCAACAAGGCCAAGGCGUCCAGGGAGAACGGCCAGGGGGCGGCCCAAGAGGGAGGGCACGAAGCGGCGGAGGAGUACGGAGAGGGAGAAGCCGAAGGUGACGAAGAAGAGGAGGUCUCAUCGUCGUCUUCCAAGAGAAGGAGAAGGUAG